AUGGAGGUUGUCUCUGCAAUUAUCACUCCCUUUGUUGAAUCGUUGCUGGUUCCCAUUAAGAGACACUUGCGUUUCUUCUUUCACUCUAGAGAGUAUGAUAGAGACAUGCAUGCCAAAAUAAAGAAAUUGAGUUCUGCAGCAAUUGAUAUGACGAACAGAAAAGAUGAAAAUCAUGUGAAAAAUUUAAUGGUACCUCAUCGUGUUGAAAGUUGGCUGGAAGACGCUCAAGUGAUCAUCGAUAGGGAAGCCGAUAAUAAUUCGGCGGAUGGAAAUGGAUGUGUACAUAUGAAGAGAAGGUACAAAACUGGCAAACAUUGCUUCGCUGUCAUCAAGGAUGUCGACGGUCUUAUGGAAGAAAAAGAAAAAAUUGCUUUGGAUUGGACUAAUGAGCAAAUACCUCUUGGUGUGGUUAGUUCUGCCACCCCUCAAGUACUGGAAGACGAUGUUACCCAAAACAUUUUUGGUUCUAGAAAAGAGAUAUUUCAAUGUGCAUUGCAAUUGCUUGGACCAGGUGAUACGACCCAGUUGAUGGCUCUAUGUGGUAUGGGUGGUAUAGGCAAGACUACUAUGAUGGAAGAACUAAAGGCGGUUGUCGAGAAUAGGAAAAUGUUUGACCGGGUUGUAAGGGUGGUCAUCGGGAAUAGCACUGAUCCAAUUGCAUUUCAAGGUUCUAUUGCACAGUACACAGGUGAAAAUCUGUCAGAAACAACUAGAGAAGCAAGGGCUGAUCGUCUUAAGCAAAGAUUUUUGGGGAUGUCCCAAAAUGGCAAGAAAAAGAUUUUGAUUAUAUUGGACAACCUUUGGAACAUCGUUGACCUCAAAGAUAUUGGACUAGCGAGUCCUUUGCCAAAGGGCUUCAAAAGAUCCAGAAGCAAAACAAUUAUUCUGGAAACCAUUGGAACUUCAGAUGGUGCUGUUGAUCAUCAACUCAAUGAGCUAGGAGAAGAUAUUGUGAAGAGGUGUGGUGGGUUGCCGCUGGCCAUAAAAACCAUUGCCUUGGCUCUUACAGGUAAAACAAAGGGUGCAUGGAAACUUACACUUUCACGUUUAAAGAGGCAUAACCUUCAAGACCUUUAUGCUGUUGCACAUCACAUAUUUGAGAUAAGCUACGACUAUCUCAAAAAUGAUGAUGAUCAGAAAAUUUUCAUUCUUAGUGGCUUAUUUCCCGAUGACUUUGAUAUCCCAUUGGAGGACUUGAUGAGGUAUGGAUGGGGCUUGAAGUUGUUUGUUAAUGUGUAUAGUUUAGUUGAAGCAAGACAGCGGACUAACACUUCUGUUCACAACCUCAUACGUGCAGAUUUGCUGAUUGAAAGUGAUCGAAAAGGAUGUGUCAAAAUGCAUGAUCUUGCACGUUCUUUCGUCUUAUCUAAUAUUUCAAAAUUCAAGCAAGCUUCCGUUGUUAACCACAGUGACAUGUCAGGAUGGCCUACUCAAGAUACACGGGACUCUUGCGAAAGAAUCUUAAGCAUAGGCAUACCUGAACUUUCCCGACACUUUGAUUACCCUGAACUUAAACUUUUGACGUUAAUCAUCAAUACAGGCUGGAUGUUCGUGAAAGUGCCUCUCAUGUCUCCAGAAGAUUUUUAUACUAGAAUGAAAAAACUUCAAGUCAUUUCAUAUCGUAGUAUCCUAUAUCCAUCACUUCCAAUAUCACUUCAAUGUGUUAGCAGCCUUCGUGUGCUAUCUCUGCAUUCAUGCUCAUUGAUGGAUGAUUUAUCUUCUAUUGGCCAUCUCAUUAAUUUGGAAAUACUCAGCUUUGCUUACACUGGCAUCGAGUACUUACCAUCUACCAUCGGAAAUUUGAAAAACCUGAAGUUACUAGAUUUGACUGAAUGCGACAAGCUUUAUAUUGGUGAUGGUGUCUUUCAAAACUUAGACAAGCUUGAAGAGCUUUAUAUGAGAACUUAUAGUUUGAGCGACAGAGUUAUUAGUUUCACAGAAAACAACUGUGAAGGGCUGGAGAUGGUCUCGAAGAAACUCACUGCAUUAGAGGUUGAAUUCUAUAAGAAUAUUAUUCGGCCGAAUCACGUGUCCUUUAAGAAACUUGAAAGGUUCAGGAUAUCUAUAGGUUGCAAGUUAAGUCUCAUAUUUGAGAGUGAUGCCUAUUCAUAUGAAAAUACAUUGAAGCUUGUUGCUAGCUGCGAAGAGGUUCAUGCAUCUGAAAUAAACGAACUGUCUGAGAAAACAGAGAAUCUUGAUUUGCAAGUGAAAGAUAUAAAUCACCUUGAAGAUGUUUUGAUGCAUCCUUCUCAAUAUUCUUUUUGCAAUUUAAAAUAUCUUUCUUUUAGAAAGUGCGAAAACCUGAAAUACCUCUUCACUGUUAACGUGGCAAGUACUUUUACUAAUCUUGAGAGACUCAUAGUUGAGUCUUGUGGUGUUAACGUGGCAAGUACUUUUACUAAUCUUGAGAGACUCAUAGUUGAGUCUUGUCGUGUUCUGGAAUCCCUGAUACGUGAUGAGAAUGGAGCCGAGGUGAUUAAAUUUCACAAGUUAAAGCAUAUAAUUUUGGAAGAUUUACCAGAGUUUGUAGGUUUGUGUGACAACAUCAACAUUGUAAUGGAGUUCUCACAACUGAUGUGGCUGAGACUUGGGUACCUUCCCAACAUUACUUGCAUCUUUGCUUCAAGCAAUAAUAUAUCCGAAACAACAAUACCAUUGUUGAAUAAAGAGGUAAUUUAUUUUAAUCUUGAUAUUUAA